GCAAAUCGUCUGGUCCACUUCUUUACGCAUGCAGUUGUGCAGUUGAAGAAAAAUGCGAUUUGAUCAACUGUUUGCUGACGAGUCCACAAAUCCCGCAUUUGUAAAAGAUUGUCUCUUGUCGGUCGAAACGGCAUUUUCGCGUAAAGCAAGAUACACUUUGCUUUGCGUUACACACAACACUACGUAGCACUUUGUCGAAGUAUACUGUCCGUCAGUACUUACUAGCCAAAGCUUAAACACUCUCUGAACGUCCGACGCGGAAAAAUAUAAACACACGGUGCGUACUCGUAUGUCGUCUGCGCUUUCGACAAAAUUCCACGAAUUACAGAAUGCCGAGCGCGAGGCGCGUUUGCCGAUGUGACCGCAUCGACCUUCCUAUGAGCCCAUAGACAGUAGCGCUACAGUCGCGCGCGCAUUCGGCAGUCGGCAUUCGCUUUCGAUCAGAGAAGGUUUCUCGUACUGAUAUUUCAGUACUUACUGCAAGUAUAUUUACGCUGUGUUAAGCUAUUUCAUUAUUACGAUGAACAACAUAGAAAGAGUAGUGGCACAGGAAGUGCAUGAACGGGUUUUCUUGUAUGACUUGUUACAUCCGUCUAAUCUUGAUCAACAAAUGCGAGCUCAAGCUUUUCAAGAGAUGAGUCUGACUAUUAGACAAGAAUUUCCUGAAGUUGCAAAGGUGUAUGAUGCUGACAGAGUAGUCUCAAUUUAUAAUAAUCUUAGAAGGACAUAUGUCCUCAUUAAACGAAAGAUUAUUGCUGGUGAUUGGAACUUCCAGACUUUAUCAGAGAAGAGGAAAGAUAUAUACGAUGCCAUGUCGUUCUUAAAAUAUUUUAUCCGACAUCGAAGUGGACCACCAAUGAUUAAUCCUCUACGCUAGCUACUUAUAUUUUGUUACAAUCAUUAAUUAUUAGACUGUGAGUAUAUAAUGCAAUUUAAAAUACUUCAUUUUGAAUCUCGUUUUAUUCUCACGAAUCAUUUAUUUAUUACAGAUUUGUUGCGGUAAAUCAAUGUUCAAUCAUCAAGAUUGGUGAUUUUAACACCAUUUAACAUAAAUGUUAUGUUAGCACGCGUUCUACCUUACAGUUCUACUAGUAUUUUGAGAAAGUAAGUAUUUUAUGAUUAAUUCAUUGUUUUCUUAUAGUAAAAUAUAACUUACAUAUAAUUUAUACUUAUUUUACAGAUUUAUGACAAUUGUCAACAAGCUUUGAAUUACUCCAGAACAGUAUUAAGUUCACACAGAUCACAUGGCUUAGCGGAAACUCAUCUGACUACUAGCUUCAUUACUAUAUGUAAUUGUAGUCAUAAAAUAGAAGAAAAGCAUUGAUAUAAGAGCAUUACAUGGCUUGGCGAUAACUCAUCAGUCAGAUUCUACAGUACUAAAGGUAAUUUGAGUCACAAAAUACAAAAAGAGUGUUGAUAUAAGUGGAUCCGACAGUUUGAAAAAUGUUUAUUGCCAAUAGAGUAUGAUUAAUUUUUCAUCUAGAGGUCUGUAAGUUGGUAUAGGUAUUGUAACAAUGUAUACAAAACUGAUUAUCAGGGUAGUUUUCAUUGCAAUAUGUUCUGUAUCAAUGUUCACCUGAAAACCUACUUGCGGUUCGCCAUUUGACGUGUGUGAUCUCUUGGUUUUAUUGUUCAACAAACUUCCUUCAUCCCAAACAAUUAUAUUAUUAUAUUCUGUUGUAUUUUUAACUAUAUACAGAUAGUUUUCAUUACUUUGUCUCUUACUCUCAGACCUCUAGAUGAAAAAUUAUUCAAGCUUUAUUGCAAUUGAACUUUUUAUGAAAAAUAUAUUAACCAUUACAUGUCAUUCAUUAA